UGGAUCGCCGAUUGUAACGCCGGAGAUAGGAGCGAGGAGCACCGGGAAGAGAAGAAAGAUGGAUUCUUCCAAUUGGGUUUUUAGACUUGAGAGGAUCCAGGAAUCUUCGUAUGAGCAUGAGCAUGAGUGAUCAGAUUGGGUAGGUUUUAGAGAGUUAGGGAUUUCAAAAUCUUCCAUUUGCUUUGACUCCAUCUUCGAUUAAAUUAACAAAAAUAGAGAGAUGAGGUGUCGCAGUGACAGAUAUAAAAGGAAUGAACGGGAAGGCCUCUGUUUCCAAGGAGCUCAACGCCAAACAUUCCAAGAUAUUGGAAGCACUUUUGAAGCACCCAGACAAUCGAGAAUGUGCAGAUUGUAGAUCAAAGGCACCAAGAUGGGCAAGUGUGAACCUUGGGAUAUUCAUUUGUAUGCAAUGCUCUGGAAUCCAUCGUAGCCUCGGCGUCCACAUCUCACAGGUACGGUCUAUAACUCUGGAUACAUGGCUUCCAGAUCAGGUUGCUUUCAUGCAAUCUACGGGUAAUGCUAAGGCCAAUCGGUAUUGGGAAUCAGAAUUGCCUCCUCAUUUCGAGAGAAGUUCAAGCGACACGUUUAUAAGAGCCAAAUACAAUGAGAAGAAAUGGGUUUCACGGGGAGGGAUUCAACCGGCUCCUGUAGUUAGUAAGCUAAGCAAAGUUAGUCACUUGGUAGAGAGCGGAUAUAAGCCUGAAACUCCAAAGAAAGCUAGAACUCUUUCACUUGACGAAGAGAUCCUUCUUAAUCAUGUUCUUCAAGUAACACCUCCAGAAAUAAGAAUUCGUGCGGGUUCAGUAGAUAUGAAGGAGAACGUAUAUGUUCUACCUCUACCAGUGAUAGAGGUCAAAAAACCAAAUCAAAAGAAUGAGAUUUUCUCCAGCGAGUUGAAUCAUAAUAGAAGAACCACCAUAGCACCACCCUCGAGCUGGGCGACAUUCGACUGAAGAGAAGAGAUGAAGAAGAGGAAGAUGCAGGCUUUGGAAACAAAUCAUCAUGUGUACUUUAAUUAUUAUAGUCAACAGGUUGGCUAAGAUGGGAUGAUGCAAAAGACAACAAUGGAAGUUGGUUCUGUUUUCUAUUUUCUUCAUUUGUAAUCCAAUUUUGGUUGCUUUGUAAACUAAAUCAUUUUUUAAUACAAUGGAAGACAUCUUGAGUA